GCGAAAAGGAGAGUGUGUUUCGGGGGAGGGAAGCCAGAGCAGGUCUGGAGGCCGCAGCUCAGAAGGUAGCUAUGGGGCCAGACUGGAGACCCCCGGGUGGGAUUGAGGGCAGGGACUGGAAGAGGGAAGGCGGGAGCCUUGCCAGAUCCUAGAGGAGGGAGAAGGGGAUUGGGGCCAUCACCGAGGGAGGCGGAGACGGUCACUGAGGGGCCAGGGCACAGGAAUAGGGGUGGACGGAGGCCCGGGCCCAGGCAAAGGACUGGAAGGGGGAACUGCCCGCAGGGAAUGGAAAUAGAUGGAUGGGUAGUGUUGUAGAUACCCAACUCAGAGUGCCCUCACCCCUUUGCCAGUAUCCCCACCCUGCCCUCAUGACACCCCCAGCCUCAGAGCACAAGAGGGGGUGGGGAUUCUGACCAUCUCCCCCUUCCCCAGUGGGGUGCAAUGUACGCAUGUAGGCCCUAGCAGAACUCCUUGUCUGUAGUGGAUCCGGGACCCAGGGAGGGCCGCCCCCCGGGCCUGGUGGCGCUGAGCAGGGCCCCCCAGCCCCCACCUCCUGCCCCACGACAUGAACCUCCUCUACCGAAAAACCAAGCUGGAGUGGAGGCAGCACAAGGAGGAGGAGGCCAAGAGGAGCUCCAGUAAGGAGGUGGCUCCUGCAGGCCCCACAGGGCCCGGGGCUGGCCCGGGGCCUGGGGUCCGUGUGCGGGACAUCGCCUCGCUGCGCCGCUCCCUCAGGAUGGGCUUCAUGACAAUGCCAGCCUCCCAGGAGCAUACCCCCCACCCCUGCCGCAGCGCCAUGGCCCCACGCUCACUCUCCUGCCAUUCAGUGGGCAGCAUGGACAGUGUGGGGGGUGGGCCUGCGGGGGGAGUGGGGGGUGUCACAGAGGACGGCAGUGCCCGAAGACCCCCUGCCAAGCCCCGGAGACAUCCCAGCACCAAGCUCAGCAUGGCAGGGUCAGGGGCAGAAGUGCCCCUGGGGAAGAAAGCAGGCUCACAGAAGCCCGCUCCCGAAGGCCGAGAGUCCAGCCGGAAGGUUCCUCCACAGAAGCCCAGGCGAAGCCCCAACACCCAGCUCUCUGUGUCCUUCGAUGAGUCCUGCCCCCCGGCCCCCUCUCCUCGAGGGGGGAAUCUGCCCCUUCAGCGCCUCAGUAGGGGGUCCUGCGUAGCUGGGGACCCUGAGGUGGGUGCCCAGGAAGAGGAGCCCGUGUACAUUGAAAUGGUGGGGGAUGUCUUCAGGGGAGGAGGGCGAAGUGGAGGGGGCCUGACUGGGCCCCCUCUCGGGGGUAGGGGCCCAACCCCUCCAGCUGGCGCCGACUCGGACUCAGAGGAGAGUGAGGCUAUAUAUGAGGAGAUGAAGUACCCGCUGCCCGAGGAGGCAGGGGAAGGCCGGUCCAACGGGGCCCCUCCAUUGACCGCAAGCUCCUCGCCACACCAGCCUCCCGUCCUGCAGCCCCACACCCACCGGCGGCCAGCUUCAGCCCUCCCAAGCCGGAGGGAAGGGACACCUACCAAGACCACUCCUUGCGAAAUCCCCCCACCCUUCCCCAACCUCCUCCAGCACCGUCCCCCGCUCCUGGCCUUCCCCCAAGCCAAGCCUGCUUCCCGAACCCCCGGCGAUGGGGUCUCAAGGCUACCGGUCCUCUGCCACUCGAAGGAGCCAGCGGGCUCCACCCCAGCUCCCCAAGUGCCUGCCCGGGAGCGGGAGACGCCUCCUCCACCACCUCCGCCUCCUGCUGCCAACCUGCUGCUGCUGGGACCCUCGGGCCGGGCCCGGAGCCACUCAACACCAUUGCCACCCCAGGGCUCUGGCCAGCCCCGGGGGGAGAGGGAGCUCCCCAACUCCCACAGCAUGAUCUGCCCCAAGGCGGCAGGGGCGCCGGCAGCCCCUCCUGCCCCGGCCGCCUUGCUCCCUGGCCCCCCCAAGGACAAGGCUGUGUCUUACACCAUGGUAUACUCGGCAGUCAAGGUGACCACGCACUCCGUCCUGCCAGCUGGUCCGCCCCUAGGUGUUGGGGAGCCAAAGACGGAGAAGGAGAUCUCAGUCCUCCAUGGGAUGCUGUGCACCAGCUCAAGGCCCCCUGUGCCUGGGAAGUCCAGCUCCCACGGCGGGGCCAUGGGCUCAGCAGCUGGGGUCCUCCACCAUCGUGGCUGCCUGGCCUCCCCACACAGCCUUCCGGACCCAACGGCAGGCCCCCUGACUCCCCUCUGGACCUACCCAGCUGCAGCAGCUGGGCUCAAGAGACCCCCUGCCUAUGAGAGCCUCAAGGCUGGGGGGGUGCUGAACAAGGGCUGUGGAAUGGGGGCCCCGUCCCCCAUGGUCAAGAUCCAGCUGCAGGAGCAAGGGACCGACGGGGGUGCCUUUGCCAGCAUCUCCUGCGCCCAUGUCAUCGCCAGUGCAGGGACACCAGAGGAGGAAGAAGAGGAGAUGGGCGCUGCGACAUUUGGGGCAGGCUGGGCUCUGCAGAGGAAGGUCCUGUAUGGAGGGAGGAAGGCAAAAGAGCUGGACACAGAGGUCGAGGAUGGUGCCCGGGCCUGGAAUGGCAGUGCCGAGGGUCCAGGCAAGGUGGAGCGUGAUGACAGGGGCCCCAUGGCAUCAGGGAUCCCAGUGAGGAGUCAGGGGGCAGAGGGCCUGCUGGCCAGGAUCCACCAUGGAGGGGACCGAGGAGGGAGUCGCACGGCGCUGCCCGUACCCUGCCAGACGUUUCCUGCCUGCCACCGCAAUGGAGACUUCACAGGUUACCGCCUAGGGCGCUCCGCCUCCACCUCUGGAGUCCGGCAGGCCGCGCUCCACACCCCCCGGCCUUGCAGCCAGCCCAGGGAUGCCCCAAGCCAGACCCACCCCGCACUGCCGCUGCCGCUGCCCCUACCGCCUCAGCCCGCCCGCGAGCGCGACGGCAAGCUGCUGGAGGUGAUAGAGCGCAAGCGCUGCGUGUGCAAGGAGAUCAAGGCGCGCCACCGCCCCGACCGAGGCCUCUGCAAGCAGGAGAGCAUGCCCAUCCUCCCCAGCUGGCGGCGGGGGCCCGAGCCCCGCAAGUCCGGCACCCCGCCCUGCCGCCGGCAGCACACCGUCCUCUGGGACACUGCCAUCUGAGGAGGCCGGGAGGCAGGACUGGGGAGCGGGGCGGGGGUGCCGGGCUCUCCAGGAGACUUGCCUUGAAAGAGGGACACUUGGACCAGGUGAGACAAAGCCAGGGAGAACCCCUGCCUUCCAUCCUAACCCCCGGAGAAGGGGAGUCUGCCAGGCCCACCGGGCAUGGGGCGCCAGCUGCACCCCCUGAAAUUUGGGGGAGGAGGGUUUGUUUGAGGUGGGAAGGCUGGGCGAGGUAGACUCUUCCUGAGAGGGCAAAGGCCAAGCCAGAGGUCAGCAUGGGGGAGGAGGGAAGGGUAGGGAGGAACAGGGGGUGGGCAAGUGAAGGCCGGGGCUAGAGAGUGUGAAGUAGAGGGGCUCUUUCAUAAGAGCAGGGAGUGGGGAGGGGGUAUUUAUUUCAUUAUUUAUUUUAGUUGGGAGGGCAAUCCUGGGCCCUUCUGACCCACUCCUGGGCAGGGAGUAGGCAGUAGUGGGCAAUUAAAGGGAACCAAGUUGGCGCUCUCUCCAAUGCCUGAAGGCCCCACUGUCCAUGCCCACCCUGAAGCUGGGGAUUGGUCUGGAGUGGGGAGGCCAGCAAGAGAAGGGAGGGACUCUGAUGAGGCAAGGGUGACAGACUCAUUUACAGUAUUUACCAGUGGCCAGAAUUUGGUAGUGAGUGUGGCCUGCUGUGAAACAGGCAUCUUAUUUAGCUCUGGGGUGAGGGUCUAGCACCAGGGAUGGGCGGGAUGAUGGGGAAGGAGGGAAAUUUUAGUGGGUGGGGGUGGGCAGGGUAUUUAUUUAAAUUUUAAAAAAUCAGAAGAGAUGUCAGGAACUUUUUUUUAAUUCCUUUCUUUUCAGAAUAAUAUAUUAAAAGACUAACGAUCCUAGAACUGGCUUCUUAUACUUCAGUGCGCUCUGCUUUUCUUACACCUGUUUCUUUUCCCUCUUGCCUGUGGUUGGUGGGAGCUGGAGGUGGUGCAGGGAGGGGUGAGUGGCUGUGGCAAGUAAUAGGGAGAGGUGGAGUUUGAGGUAAGUCUGGGAAUGCCACCAUGCUGUGACUCAGCAAGCAUUUACUGAACCAGCCUCUGAUGUGUACUUGGCAAUAUAUGCAGAAGGAGAAUUCAAACUAAAGCCUGCCCUCAGGCAGCAUAUAGUCCGUUCAGGGGGAUGAGACACCUGGGACAACACUAGACAGUGCUACAGCAGUAAGGAGUGUGUGUGUGGGUGGGGGGGCAGUAUCACCUAGGAAGGCUUUGUAGAAAGUGAGCCUAAAAGGACAGGUAAGGUUUGGAUGAGCAGGGGGAGAAGGGGAGGACCCAAGGUCACAGUAUGAUUGUCUGCAGAACAGAAGAUGGGGGAGGGGCAGGAAAUGUGUUUAAAUAAUGCAAAGGGCAAUGAGUCAACCACAAUGAAGCUGGUUCAGCAAGAUGGGCAUCAAAGCAAGAUGCUGGUCCUCAGGAAGCAAUCAAGGAGGAGGAUAAAAAGUGUCUGGAGGAAUAGAGGGCAAGGGCCAGAUUGCAAGGUGCAGCUGGAAGAACAUCCUCAGGAGGGAAAUGAAGGAGCUGAAUGGGGCCUCCUCAAAGCCCAACUUUGGAACUCCUGUGGUUGGGGAUAUGAUCACUUUGACAGAGCAAAGCAAGUGGAGUGAGAGGGAUUUUGAGGGAAGAACGUUGAAUUGGAAGCAAUGGUUAAUACCCAAGUUGAAAGAUUUGUUAAAAGCUAGAACAGAUUUUCAAAAAGUGUAGGGGAUGAUACAAAAGAUGUUUUUAAGUAAUCUGAAGAAGAAUAUUGUUUUUUCUUUUUCCUUUUUAAGAUUUUAUUUUUAAAUAAUCUCUACACCCAACAUGGGGCCUAAACUCACAAUCCUGAGAUCAAGAGUCACAUGCUCCACUGACUGAGCCAGCCAGGUGCCCCAAGAAGAACAUUUUAUAAACUUGAAUAGUUUUAUUUUCAUUCCUACUAGAAAAACUAUAACCAGCACAUCAAAGUAUUUGUUAUUUCAUGGAUAUUAUUGCACAAGAUAGGGCUAAAUUUAUUUUUAAUGAGUUAAAGAAAAAUGUUAAAUAAAUAAUGGUACAGGUGUGAUAUACAGAAUAUGGAAAAUUAUGACAGCAAUAUGAGAAUUUUUAGUAUUUGGGAAACAUUAAGUUAGAGACAAAAUGACCAUAGUUUUGGAGAGAUGAGAAGACUGUAGAAAAAAAAGAAGAAGAAGAAGAAGACUGUAGACAUUCGGAGUUAUCAAUAUAGAAAUAAUACAUCAGAGACUGAGUUUUAUAAAGGAGAAUGUGGAUAAAGAUAUGCAUUAGGAACAAACUAUGAACAAGCAAUAGCUUUCUACAUUUCUAAAAAUUAAGAUAUAUCAACAUAUAACAUUGUAUUUGUUUCAAGUGUCCAACAAUGAAUUGAUAUAAGUAUAUAUUGUGAAAUGAUCAUCACAAUAAGUGUAGUUAAUAUCCAUUGCCACACAAUUUCUUUCCUUGUGAUGAGAAUUUUUAAGGUCAACCCUCUUAGUAACUUUCAAAUAUACCAUGCAGUAUUGUUAA